AUGCCGCCAAACACCACCGCCUACAGUCCCGAUCAACUGGAGCUCUACCUCCAGCGCAUCAAAUAUGCAGACGCCACAGCCAGCCCCACAGGGGUUCAAAUCCCCCGCCUCCAGUCCCUCCAGCAAUCCAUCCAGAAAGAUCCCCUGACCACGCUGACAACCCUACAACGGAAACACCUGGCCGCCAUCCCGUGGGGUAACUCCGCCUUGCACUACUCCCAGCAUCGCUCCGUCUCCACCCACCCCGCCGCCGUCUUCGACAAGCUGGUCGUGCGCCGACACGAUGGCUACUGCAUGGAGAAUACCAAUCUCUUCUACGGUGUCUUGUGCUCGCUGGGGUACCAGGUUUAUCCUACAGGGGGGAGGGUGUGUACGGUUGUGACUGGUGGUGGGGAGUUUGUGCCUGGUGAGGAGCAGUAUCUGUCGCUAAACCACAUGGUCUUGAUUGUGACCAUUGAUGGCCAGAAAUACAUGGUGGACGUGGGCUUCGGCAACAACUCACCAACCAGUCCCCUCCCGCUACGGCCUCACGCAGCAGAAGAAGCAGUCACCUGCAUCGCGCCGAGCGAAAUGCGCCUCGUCCACGAGACGCUCCCCGAGUUCGUCGACCGCACGCAAAAGGUCUGGAUCUACCAAGUGCGGUAUGGGCCGGGCAGCGCGUGGGUGCCGCACUACUCGUUCUCGGAGGUCGAGUUUCUGCCGCAGGAUUUUGCGAUGAUGAACUUCUGGACGAGCAAGGGGCCGGUGAGCUGGUUUACGCAGGCGCUGUUCUGUACGCGGCUUGUCGUUGACGAGACCACUUUGGAACCGCGCGGGGUCUGUAUCUUGUCUGGGAAGGAGGUGAAGAGGAGGGUGCUGGGGCAGACGGAGGUGCUGGUGACGUUUGCGCGGGAUGGAGAUCGGGUGGAGGCGCUGGCGAGGUGGUUUGGGAUUGUGCUGUUGCCGCAGGAGGUGGAUGGCAUUCAGGGGAUGGUCACGGAGAUUAAGUAGAGCUUUGCAUACUACCUAGGAGGAUGGGGUGUUGUUGGUACG